AUGGUGAGUGUAAGAGUCUUCUCAGGCUCUGCCUCACCUCUCACUUCCUUCGACCACAUCCGACGCAUCCCCUGUCCGCACACUUACCAACCGACAAUAACACUCACUUCGACCAAGACCCUACAGUCUGCCGUCCACGUCAGCACAGCCAUAGCCGACACAAUGGUCAGCCCCCACCCGUCGCUCGAAGUGAUCGGAGGUGCCCUGGACUCUUUCCUCCCCGCAUUCAAAACUCUGGAUCGUCUCUACAAUACAUAUCCCAUAAUUGGAUGGAAUCGGCAUGCCGAGACCAUUUUCGCCGCGUUUUUUCGCUCUCUUCCUGACGUUCGAUUCCGGCGUGAGUGUAUUAGGACCAAGGACGACGGUGCCGUUGCUCUUGAUUGGGUCUCUGGUGACGACCGUCUGUUACCGGCCGACUCUCCUGUCCUCAUUUUGCUGGUGUGUGUAGUCUCUACUCUGUUUCCUCUCGGUCUUACUGGGGGGAGUGGGGAUACUUAUGUGAGGCAUAUGCUUGUCAGAGCUAGGAGUAAGAGGUGGCGGACUGUGGUGUUCAAUAGCCGAGGCUGUGGAGAUAGCCCAGUGAUAACAUCGCAGUUCUAUUCAGCUUCAUUUUUAGGAGAUAUGGUUGAAGUUGUGGCACAUGUGGGCAAUCGUUACCCAAAAGCUAAUUUAUAUGCUGUUGGCUGGUCUCUUGGCGCGAAUAUUCUCGUUCGAUAUUUGGGAGAGGAAUCUCAUACGUGCCCUCUUUCGGGUGCGGCGUCCUUGUGCAAUCCUUUCAAUUUGGUCAUUGCAGAUGAGGACUUCCACAAGGGCUUUAACAUUGUUUAUGACAAAGCUCUUGCAAAUUCUCUGUGCAAAAUUUUCAAGAAAGUGGAAUUCUAUCCAUCUCUCCUACUGUCACUUUCACUUGGUGAUCUUUCUAUCAUUCAUGAGAAUCCAAACUGUUUGUUGAUAGUGACACCCCAAGGUGGCCAUUUAGGGUGGGUCGCUGGCACUGAAGCUCCUCGUGGAGCUCCUUGGACCGAUCCUGUGGUGAUGGAUUUCCUAGAACACCUCGAAAAUGUGGAGGCUCUGAAACAUUGUACAGAGAACUUGCAGGUGGUAUAG